ACUCCCCCCCCCCCGCACCCCAGCAUGGGGAACGAGAGCCUGGGCCCGCCGGGCUACCUCCCCCACUACCUGCUGCGGGGAGACCCCUUCGCCUCCCGCCUCUCCCUGGCCGACAUCAUGGCGGCCCUCUACAUCGGCAUCAUAGGUAUCCUGUCAGCUACAGGUAACGGUUACGUUAUCUACCAGUCCUUCAGACGCAAGAGCAAGCUGAAGCCCCCAGAGAUGAUGACUGUUAACCUCGCCAUCUUUGACUUCGGCAUCUCAGUGUUCAGCAAGCCGUUCUUCAUGGUGUCCAGCUUCUCCCACCGCUGGCUCUUCGGCUGGCAGGGCUGCCGCUGCUACGGCUGGACGGGGUUCUUCUUCGGCUGCGGGAGCCUCAUCACCCUGACGGUCGUCAGCCUGGACCGCUACCUGAAGAUCUGCCACCUGUCCUACGGCGCGUGGCUGAAGCGCCAGCACACCCUCCUGGUCCUGGCGGCGGUGUGGUUCUACGCGGCCUUCUGGGCCACCAUGCCUCUGCUGGGGUGGGGGAGCUACGCCCCGGAACCCUUCGGGACCUCCUGCACGCUGGACUGGUGGCUGGCCCAGGCCUCGCUGUCCGGCCAGACCUUCGUCCUGUCCAUCCUCUUCUUCUGCCUGGUCCUGCCCACCGCCAUCAUCGUCUUCUCCUACGUCAAGAUCAUCAUCAAGGUCAAGGCCUCCAUCCAGGAGGUGUCCAGCUUCGACGCCCGCAUCAAGUCCAGCAACGUCCUGGAGAUGAAGCUGACCAAGGUGGCGAUGCUGAUCUGCGUGGCGUUCCUGGUCACCUGGAUCCCCUACGCCGUCGUGUCGGUGGUGUCGGCGUUCGGCCAGCCGGACUCCAUCCCCAUCGCCCUCUCCGUCAUCCCCACCCUGCUGGCCAAGUCCUCGGCCAUGUACAACCCCAUGAUCUACCAGGUGAUGGACCUGAAGAACUCCUGCAAGAACCUGUCCUGCUUCCAGAACAUCAAGAAGAGGACGCACUUCAACACCUCCAGGUUGUAUGCUGUGUCCUGCUCCCUGAAAGGCCGAAUGCCAGCCAAUGAAACGCCGCUGGAGGCGUGACUACAGACCGGACACCUUGAUCACAUCACCACACACACACACACACACACACACACACACACACACACACACACACACACACACACACACACACACACACACACACACACACACACACACACACACACACUGCCUAUCCACAUCAGCAGCGAAUUGUCUCUUCUUGGCUCCUCCCACUGCCAGUCUCUACCCAGAAUGCUCUUUUCAAGGUCAUGUGACGGAUCGGCUCAAGGCCUCAAUGUUCGGAAGAUUCAAAAUUGACCCCUAGGAGACUUGUUUUGAAGCGGGACUCUUAAGGAAGACAUUUGAACCUCUUGUGUUCGUUCGUCUGCCCCAGGUUCAAAGUUCAGAAUCAAAGUUCAGAAUCAAACUUUUGUUGAAUGUGAUUGACUGCACCCCAGGAGAUGCCCGGGAUGUAUCCGCACAAACAGACACUUUAGCACAAAGCCCGCCCCCUGGUGGUCACGUUAACGUGGGGCGGACGGUUCAACGGCAGCCUCAUCUCAAGCUGCAGGUCAAGGGUCAGAGUUCAGGUGAGUGUUGAGGUUCAGGUUUCAAGCUUCCCGGUUAAGGCUUUAGUUUGAGAUGGAUGGUGGUUUCUCAUCUCAGACCCCAACCUGCUGCCGAGCUUAUGAGGGAUGAACUAUCGCAAUAUGUACGAAGUCAGUGCAAGUCUUGGAAGAUGGUGAAUGGACUGCAAUAACCGGAACACACGCUGGGUCGGGUAGUUCUCCUUUCCCUUGAGUGGAACUGCAAUUAUGUGCCCGUUACUUCACCGCUUUACCACUAUUGACAUUUGAACACAACUGCGAUAGCCUAUAGACACUAGUAUUUAUAAAAAAUAAUGAAUGCUUUGUUUCUUGCACUACUGCACAAUCGGAACUGCAACGUAUACACAUAAUAAAACAUAAAGAAAGGAGAAGACACGGGUGAUGGUCGACCUUAUGCCGGCUCAGGCCUCUGGCGCCCUCUUGUGGUAGAAAUAUGGAACACUGGUGGGAAUUUAUAUCAACAUCCGUUCAGGGAUUCAUUGCAUUAUGUGUAUUAUUGGGAAAUAAAUAGAUAUAAAGUGCAUUUAAGAUUUGCUCAUGACUUUACCUGGGUAAAUAUUCAGAUAAAUGUUCAUUCGUAAUUUGAGGUUCGAUGUCAUUAAUGUGGAAGGCAUAUUCUUUGUUAACAAACGAAAUGAAAUGUCCGAAGGCCUGCGGCGACAGACGGAUACGAAACAGCACAAGAUCAACAAUGUGAACAUUAUCGUAUCAUCCGACAAGAUCACUGGAUAUAUCCCAGGGAAGUGAAUCCGGAACACCUGCGAUAGGUGAAAGGGUGGAAGUUGUGUUCCCGCAGACGACAUGAACAAGUAAGUCAAUCUAAAUGGGUGUGUGAGCGGGUUAGUGUGUG